UUUUAACUAGAUAGCUAUUUUUGAGUAUUUUGCGAUAACAGUAGAAAUUUACUUUUAUAAUUUCGUAAAAUAUGUACCUAUAUGUAUAUAUUUUUUAUGAUUUUAUUUUGUAUCCUGUUUUCUAAACAAUCAACAAAAUAAUAAAUGUUUGAAACAUUCCGAUAUAUAUACACGAAAAAUGACAACAAUAUUGUUAGAUUCACGAUGGACUUGGUAACUUAUGUUGUCUUUGUCAGUUUUCUGGGGAUUAUUGGAGUCACUGCCAAUUUAAUAGCUGUUGUACAGGUAGUUCGACAUGGUCAACGGACGCCAAUUACAUUCUUUCCCACAAACAAAUAUUCUGAUAGGUCGUACUGGGGAAACCUUGGUCCAGGGCAACUAACAAAUGAAGGCAAACGCCAACACUAUGAAUUGGGUCAAUACACACGAAAAAGAUAUUCAAACUUUCUUCCUCUCAAAUAUAAUGAAUCCAGUUUCGCCGCUUAUACAACAGAUGUUGACAGGACCCACAUGUCUGCACAAUGCAACGUUUAUUCCCUCUUUCCAGCAUUCGAAGAGCAGAUGUGGCAUAGAAAUGUAAACUGGCAACCAAUUCCCAUUCAUCCUAUUAGCAUAGAUGUUUUUUCUGGCGAACCAGCUUGCCCAAAUUAUAAUGUACUUAGGGCUGCUAUGUUAGAUGAUGAUUUAUCACAAUCGAUAGAUGCGAAAUAUGCAAGAGUAUACAAUUACAUCAACAGAUAUACUGGAUUAAAGAUAAAGAGUUUUAGCGAAAUUCGUACCGUUUUUGACGAUUUUAAAAUUCAAGUUGACGUAGGUCUUCCUCUCCCAGAUUGGGCUAAAGCUGUCUAUCCAGAACCUGUUACAUCUAUUGCAGGAUGGCUUUUUGAAUCAUUCACCAGAACAGACGAGAUGAAAAGAUUCGCUACAGGAAGAUUUUUAAAUAAUAUCUUAGAAUAUUUUGAAAAUAUGUCGGAAGAUUGCACCUACUCUCAAAAAUAUCAAUUUUAUAGUGGUCAUGACCUCAACAUCGCCUCAAUCUUGAACUCAUUUGGAGCAUUUAAUCCACCCUACCCACCACAAUUUGCGAGUACAGUAUAUAUGGAGCUUCAUUUGGAAGAUUGGGAACCCGUUGUAAAAGUGUUUAGCAAAGACGGAAAUAAGAUAAAACAAAUCAGUGUUAACGGAUGUCCAUUAAGCUGCCCCUUAUCUGAAUUUAGGGAAGUUCUGAGCCCAGUGAUAGUUGAUAAAAUUACUCUUGAUGAAGAAUGCAGACAAAUCAUCCAAGAAGAAGAAGAAGAAGAAGAGGACGAAGAAGAAGAAGACAGAAAGUAUGAUUUGAAGAAGACGUUGAAAUUUUCUGCGGAGGGUCUAAAAGCAAAUAGCUAUUUAACGUAAACUUUGGAUAUAGUGUAUUUUUAAAAUGGUAAAAAAUAUGUGAUAUUGUUUAUGUAUUCUUUUUCUCAUAGACAUCUUUCAGUGCGUCACAGUUUUUCGAUUUCUUUCUAACGCAUUAAAUUGUAUGUGACAGAAAAAAAGGCACGUCUGUGAUUACAGACAUUUAUAAUAUUUAUUCUAGUUGUCGAUAGAUUUCGCUAUAAUCGAAAAAAAUUUAUUUGUGUACCAAGUCAGUAAAAUGACUCUUUAUCGAACGAGUCUGAUAUUACGAGAAGAGUGAGCGUGGCGAGCGAGGCGAGUAAUAGACGAGUUCGAUAAAGAGUCUUUACUGACGUGGUGCAUACAAAAUUUAACGCCAAUAUUAUUUGAUUGGAAAAAAACUUGGAAUUUGACUUCCGAUGAUUGGCACCUUAAAGUUGACUACGUAAGAGUUUGGGCUCUGUAAUGAUUUAAAAAAUAAUAUAAAAUUUAUAAAAAAAUUAAUAAAAAUCGGUCGGUUAUUUAACUUCUUUAAAAUCUCAUUAUAACACCACACCAUUUUUUAAAUUUUAGUAUCUUCAUUAUUUCAUAAAAUUAAUCAUGUUUAAUUUUAAUAAUCCCCGAAUGAAAAACUGAAGAAUGAAGUGGUGAAAACUUGACAGCUUGGACAAUGCCAAAAUAUAUUUUAUCUAAAAUUUCACUUUCUAUAAUAAUUUGAUAUUGGUUUUAACACUUACUUGCAAUUUACAAUAAUUUAAGAACUUUAUAAAUUUUAGAUGUCAUAAUAAUUUCAUGACAUUGAUGACAGUCAACUUUCGAUUUUUAAUCGAUAAGUAGUUAUCAGUAUUGAAUAAUUACUUAAUCGGUGAAAUUUUAAUUUAUUUUAUAUGAAUAUAAUUACAAAAAAAUACAGAACUUCACUUUUUGACAUAAAUUUAAUUGAUAAUAUCGCAAAUUGUGUACGAUAUUUUUAAUAAUUAAAGUAAAUAAAUUUUAAGUUCACUCAAAUACUCGCUAUUCGAUUACUGCCAUCGACCAGUUACAUUCAAUCACGGUUAAUUUGAUUAAUUACGGCAGGUAAAGUAAAAAUAUUCUUUCAGUACAAUAAAGUGUUAAUUUACUGCCGCAAAUGAGGGCAAAUGAGUACAAUAAUGAAUGGCUUUAGUGACGGUUGGCGAUAAAUUUAUUUACGAAUUAUAUAAUAUAUCUACUCAUUUAAUCUGUGCAAUUUAUAAGACUAUACAAAUAAAAAAAAUAUCAUUUUAUAAAUGCAAUAACCACAAUUGAUUUGUUUUUAUGCAAAUAAAAUGUGACAACUGUCAGAUUUGACUAAAAUGUCAUGUUAGAAUAAAUGUUAUAAAUGUAUACCUAUUAUCACGGACUUACCUUUUUUCUAUCAUUUGUGACGCACUGAAAAAUGCUCAUGAAAAGAAGCAUAUAAUAUUAAUCUAUUAAUAGUAUAGCACCACUUGAUUCAUAUUCCCUAAUAUUUAUUUUUAACAAAAUUUUAAUUUAUAAUACACACCUAUGUAUGUAACCGAUUUUAAUAA